AUGGCAGCUGAGGCUUAUAGCCCCUCUGAACGGGGCCUUCGGCCUUCGUCAGUAGGCUUAGUCCUUGCUCACUUGAGUGACUCAGAGAAGCUAAGUAGAUCCUACCCCUGGGCCAGCAAAAGCAGGAAAAGUCAGCUCUCUGAACUCUGUCGGCUUAGAGCAUCUCUGUCUGGGGAGAAAUGGAGCUCUUACUGUUUGUCUUCACUGGCAGCCCGUAACAUCUGCAGCAGCAAAAUUGGUAACUCAUGGGCUCAGUGGGAUUCUGCCUCUAUCUCUGCUUCCGUUGGAAGUUCUGCUUCUUCCUCCUUUUUGCAUGCCCUCACAGCAGAGGAAUCCAAACAGCACCUCCCAACUGCUGCACGCAAUCCAAACAAAGCCAUCUUCACCGUGGAUGUCAACACAACAGAGAUCCUAGUAGCUAAUGACAAAGCCUGCAAGCUGCUUGGGUGCAGUAGUCAGGAACUCAUUGGUCAAAAGCUGUCCCGUUUGAUAUCCAGAUCCAGUCAAGAGGUAUGGGAAGCCGUGGGGGAGGAGUAUAUAGAAACAGAUGAAUGUUCAUCGGUGGUUUCAGGAACUGUGGUGGAUCUUACAGGCCGUCUCAAAGAGAAGAUCCCUGUCUCUGUCUGGCUGAGGCAAAUGAGAAGCAAGGACAACCAGUGUUGUGUGGUUGUGCUGGAACCAGUGGAAAGACUUUCAGCUUCUGUUUCCUUCAGUGUUGAUGGAGAGAUUACAUCAUGUGACCUCCUUUUUGCCCAUCUCCAUGGCUACCCAACACUGGAAGAAGUAGUUGGGCUCCACAUAAAGGACCUGAUUCCUUCUGUGCAGAUCCCUCCUCUAGGCAAAAAAACCCCAAAGAAUCUCAAGAUCCAGCGAGCUGUAGGCCAAUCCAGAGAGGGUAACAUGUUUCCUCUCAGUUUAAAGCUGCAAGUAAGCCUUUUGGAGGAGGACCAAGCGGCAGUGCAGAAAGAUGGUGUUUCGCAGACAGAAAAAGACGACUCUUUCACAGGCUGUCAUUACUCUGCUACAGUUGUGGUUUUCUCCACCAUCAGUGGUCUUAUUACUGUCCAGUCAGAUGGAACCAUCUGUGGCAUCAAGGAUAGCUUUGCUUUAAUGCUCUUUGGCUAUGAGAAGAAAGAACUGUUGGGAAAGAACAUUACAUUCCUGAUCCCUGGUUUCUAUAACAACAUGGAGAGAAGCAGUGACUGUUCUUUGCCAUUUCCUCCUCUUGACGACUCCACAGGGACAAAAGACAGCAGCUUCUUGGCUGCAUCUUUAGCAAGUCUUCUGUCAAGAGAUGAAGAGCAGAAAUUGGAACAAAGACACAAAGAGGACAAAUUAAUACACGAUGAGACUAAACAAAAGAAUGAGACUAGUUUCUUUUCUACUCCCUCAACUCCUGAAGUGGCAUCCACACCCUCUAAUAGGCUAGAAGACAAUCUGGGUACCGCAUCCUAUGGCCCAAUUAAGCCGCCUUCUGAUGUUAGUUGUUACUCACUUGGAACACUAACAAUAGAUGAGCCGUGGUCUGGGACAACACCAGACUGCAGACAAGACUUUCAAAGCCACAUGGUUACAGGGCAGUGGUCAAAAACAAACUUGAUGUGUGAUGCAAAACAUUCCAGCCUUGAGCACAUUGUCAUUGAAAACUGCCUGCUAGAUGAUGCUUCAUCCUUCUUUGCAAAUGGAAGAAAUACUAUCUCUGAUGUUUGCUCAGGAAAUACAACGGGUUGCAGUGCUUCUGCACCAGGAGUUGCCACAACCUCUGAAGGUGUUAAAGAAUCAGACACUGAGCUGAACUGUAUUUGCUCUGGUCUUGAGGUACUGGGUCUGAAUAUUGGCGUCAAGGGGAACUCCGAUGAUUGUUUUGGUAUUACUGCAGCUCUUGUAGGAGCAUCCUCCUCUAGUGCAGUGGACUCAGCUGGAGGCAAUACGUUAACUCAGAAAAACACUGCCUUUUCAACAGGGCAGAAAAAACAGCUGUUGAAUGGUGUUGCUGUAGAAGAUGGUUCUGGGUGGCUGGCCUCCCAAAGGCAUUUAGAAAACUCUGAAGAAUCCUCCAAAGCAUUUCUUGAGAAGCCUGAAACUCUUGCAGAGACUGUGGGGGACGACAUCAGCAGAAACCCACUGGAAAGUAAAGGUAGUCCUGAAGAAGACCCUCAGUUGCAUGAGCAGCAAAAUAUGGAGAUAAAAGUUACAUCGACCCCAGUAAAAGAAGAAGGAAAGCUGAAUCCAGCAGCUCCUUUGACCUUGGAGAUUCUGGAAGGCAGCUACACUGGGAAUUGCUGUCACAGAGAUGGUUCACAAUUUAGUGUACUCUUUGAAGUGAAACGUGUAGAACUGCAGGAUCCUGCCAUACUCUUCUGUGUCUGGGUGGUGAAAGACCUUCUACAGAGCCAGAAGGAAGCCAGAGCAAAGACUCAGCUUUUGCUCUCCAGUCUAGCAAGCUCUGCCCAAUCUAUUGCUGAUCUUUCUACAAAUAGUCUUGGAGAAGCCAUCAGAUUAACUUCACUAUUUGAGAAUUCCCAAAGAGCUGAAGAGCUUGAAGGAUUAAAGGCAUGUGAGGGAGAAUAUGCAAAAAAUUACAACACUCUUCGUCUUAUUGGCAAAGGAUCUUUUGGCUUUGUCUGGACUGCCAGGAGCAAGAAAGAUCACCAGGAGGUUGUCAUCAAGUUCAUCUGGAAGGAGAGGGUGCUGGAGGACUGCUGGGUAGAUGAUCCUGAUCUGGGGAGAGUUACUCAAGAAAUUGCAAUCCUGUUGAAGCUGCAGCACCCCAGUAUCAUUAAGGUGCUGGAUGUAUUUGAAAAUGAUCGCUUCUUCCAGCUGGUGAUGGAGAAGCAUGGAUCUGGUCUGGAUCUCUUUACGUUCAUUGACAAUCGGCCCAACUUGGAUGAGCCGUUAGCGAGCUAUAUAUUCAGACAGCUUGUAUCAGCUGUUGGGUAUCUCCACUGUAGAAACAUCCUUCACAGAGACAUCAAGGAUGAAAACAUUGUCAUUGCUGAAGAUUUCACAAUUAAAUUAGUGGACUUCGGUUCAGCUGCCUACCUGGAACCCGGCAAACUGUUUUAUACCUUCUGUGGGACAAUUGAAUACUGCUCACCAGAAGUGCUGUCUGGCAAACCGUACCACGGCCCUGAGCUGGAGAUGUGGUCACUUGGUGUCACCCUUUAUACACUGGUAUUCGGAGAGAAUCCCUUCUGUGAGCUGGAGGAGGCCAUGGCAGCUGUCCUGAAUCCUCCUUGGCAUGUCUCAAAAGGUCUCACGAAUCUCAUGGCUGGGCUCUUGCACCCUCUUCCCGAGCAGCGCAUGACUCUGGCAAUGUUGGCAGAGGACGGUUGGCUGAAGCAGCCUGUGAACCUGGGUGAUUAUACCUGGGAGGAGGUCUAUGUCUCUGCUGAGACAGAAAGCGGCAGAUUCAGAAACGGUUCUGGCGAGUGCACGCGUGGAGAUGGGCUCCCAGCUCCUCGUGCAGAGGGCAAGCCAGGCUCAAACGCUCCCGACGGCGAGUGUGCCGAUCCCUGA